AUGAAACACCCUCUGCUCCUGCCCCUUCUCCUGCUGGGGACAGUUGCUGCUCUUCAUCUGGAGAAUGAUGACCCCCAGUUGGACAUCCAAGUGACACAGGCAGACCUGAUCCAGGAUGUGGAAGGUUCAGGGGAGCAGGAGGGAGAGUUGGCCCUGAUAGAUGAGGUGAUUCAGUCAGAAGGAGAGGAGGCUGAUGUUUCCACCAAUCAAGACACCUUUGAGCAUGAGGAGGCCAUGGAGUCGGACCCAGCUGCCCUAGGUGAAGACUUACAGUGCCCCAGGGAAGAGGAAACAAUUCAAUUGUCUGGCCAUCCUGGGUGCAAGACUUGCCGCUACUUCUUGGUGCAAACUCCUAGGACGUUUAGAAAAGCUGAAAAUGUCUGCAGGAGGUGCUACGGAGGCAAUCUUGUCUCCAUACACAGCUCCGGCUUAAACAAUCGCCUCCAGUGCUUGAUCAGGGGGAUCAACCAAGUCCAGGUCUGGAUUGGAGGCAUCUUGAGAGGCUGGCGCUUCUGCAGGAGAUUUCGCUGGACUGAUGGGAGCCGCUGGAAUUUUAGAUACUGGGCCUCAGGGCAACAUAGAACUGGGAGAGGCUGCUACAUGGCUUUAUGCACCAGAGGGGGUCACUGGCGACGAGUUCCUUGCAGCAGGCACCUGCCCUUCAUCUGCUCCUCCUAA